AUGAUAUGGCAAAACCUAUUGCAAGAGUUGUGUGCGGUACUGCAGGUGAACCCUGGUGCACUCAACCUUGAUGCGAGCUUCGUUCAGAACGGUGGGCAUUCUCUCAGUGCAGUGGACUGGGUGGCCCGCCUCAAAAAACAGGGCAUUUUUCUAUCUGUUGGCCAAGUUCUUUCUUGCUCUAAUUUGAAUGAACUGUUUAAUGGUUUGCUGCUGCCGUCAAAAUCCGAAUCAGAUGGUCAACUACCCCCAGAAUUUUCGGACAAUGGCGCUAUAUCAUCGAGCACAUCGUCUCCCUGCCUUUCCACGCCGCCAUCGAGCGACGUGUCCACGACCGAUGAGGACAGCUCGAUGACCUCUCAGUUUCUCUUAUCCGAUGCUCUAAUAGACAUGGGUAGAACCGACCCACUGAGUGAGAUGCAGGCCUCCCUCUUACACGGCUCCCUCAAGAACCCAGGAACGAACAUCAUCCACCAUUACGAGACUUACCCGACAAAGAUAAUUCCACGAUUCAAGGAGGCGUGGAAGGCUGUCCUCGAAGCAGAACCAAUUUUUCAGUCAUCCACUCUUUUAAUGCCAGGACAAGCGCAAGAAAUAUUUAUGUGGACGGAACUCACUGUAGACACAGCGGCUGAGUAUCAGAGACAGAUGCAAGCCGUGGCUGUUCAAAGUUCCAUUUCCUCCUUCACCGUGAUCCAUCAAUGCUACGAGGGUACCAGUGAUGGUCGAAGCACUAUUAUAUGGACCGUUCACCACGCAAUGGUAGACGGCUAUUCCGCCAUGUUAUUAUUUCACAAGGUCCGUCGGCUCGUUGCCGGACUGUCCAUCGCCCCUGGCCCGUCGUUCUCCCAAAUUGAGAAGCAAAUCAACAUGUGGCGGCGCACACAUAAGGCCGAGGGUGACGAGUACUGGUCCAAGCAGGCGUCACUCCUUCAACAGGCUCAGGGGGAUCCCCUCUUGCCAGAACCGCAGCAGGAUCCCGUAUCAACGACACCGACCGAGAGCGAAGAAGUCAUUAUCGCCAGCAACAUCUCACAGACACGGCUCCAGACUGCGAGCCAGGAGCUUGGAGUAACACCAGCUAUUUUCUACUAUGCAGCGUGGGCGUUUGUGCUCAGUCUCUAUACGGAUUCAGAUUCGGUGGUUUUCGGGGCGGUCAUGGCUGGACGCAAUCUCCCGUUACAUGGGAUUGACGAGGUAGUUGGACCAUUGAUCAACACCCUGCCUCUGUGCAUCAAGCUCGAUGAAAAGCAGUCAGUACGUGACUGCCUCUGGAGCCUUUUCGGUCAGGUGGUCGAAUUGGCCGAGUACCAGUGGACGACUCUGGACAACGGAUAUUCUCGAACAUUUGCCUCGGCGAUGGCAUUGCAAGUGCCUGAGCCAGACUUUCCGGAAGGUCCAUUACCACUGGAGCCGCCAUACACUCGACAGACAAUGGACGUCCCACUAAGCAUCAAUAUUAUGACAAAUGGAGCGGCCCGCUUCGUCUACCAUACGGCUCGUUACAGCGCAGGGGAUAUGGCCCGGAUCAGCAACUACUUUCACCGUGCCCUGCAGCUUCUCCUCCGCCCACAUCAGAUAGUAAAAGAGUGUCUGCAGGGGAUGCUUGGCUGUGGUGAUCUGGAGACCUUGAUGGCAUUUGGAAAUUGUCAUUCAGGGCUGACUACGGCCGUUGUGGUCCAGGACGACUUAGUGACGCUAUUCGAAUCUGCUGCGUCGCGACAUCCUGCCGCCAUUGCGCUUCGAAAAGGCAGUCAUGAACUAGAGUAUCAAGAAUUAGAUGCCUCUGCCAGUCGAGUGGCAGCCUCUUUACGCAAUCACAUUUCUGAUGGUGAUGUUGUCUGCCUUCACGCAGACCGUUCCAUCCACUGGAUUGUCGGGGUGAUGGGCAUCCUGAAAGCUGGCGGAAUUCUUUGCGCCGUAGAUGCAGCUCUUCCUCCAGAGGCCCAAGCAGAUGAGCAUUUGCAGCCCUCGGCCUGUGAACAUGUGCUGGUGAUUGCGGAAAUUCUUGAGAGCGACCAGACGCCCCUUGCCCCCCGCCGCUUGCCCCGUCCCGCCGACAACGCAUAUCUUUGCUUUACUUCCGGUUCAACGGGAAAGCCCAAGGGGGUGAUGUGUAGACACGAAGGGCUGGUCGCAUUUCAACGUGAUCUCGAAGUGCGAAUCUUUGCGCAACCGGGCCAGUACAUUGCGCAGAUCAUGUCCGUUGCAUUCGACGGCAGCAUCCACGAGAUCUUUUCGGCACUUAGCUACGGUGCCUCCCUGGUUUUGCAGAGCGGUGGAGAUCCAUUUGCGCAUCUGCAUGAUGUGGACGCGGCUAUUCUCACCCCAUCAAUGGCUCGCGUGUUGGAUCCGGCAGAUUUCCACCGAUUGGCUACUGUAUAUCUCGUCGGAGAGCCCGUGCCGACAGAGGUCGUCGAUAAAUGGGCCCAGCACAAAACACUCUACAACAUGUACGGUCCGACGGAGGGCACCUGUGGCGCGACAAUCAAGCGCCUCUUGCGGCAACAGCGAGUGACAAUAGGCCCCCCAAACCCUUCGACCCGGCUAUAUAUUAUGAAUCGACAGCAGGAGCUUCUCCCUCCCGGUGUCAUUGGAGAAAUAUACAUAGCUGGAGUCCAAGUUGCCCGCGAGUACAUCGGAAUGCCCCAACAGACCGCUGAACGAUUUCUACCCGAUCCGAUCCGAAGAAUAGGUGAGCGCAUGUAUCGCACCGGAGAUAGGGGUUACUGGACGAGCAAUGGCGAGGCCGUCUGCCUUGGUCGUUCUGACCGCCAGAUCAAGCUGCGCGGCUUUCGCCUUGACCUGGACGACUUGGAAGCCCGCAUGAUACGAGCGGUACCAGCAGUGACAGCCGUGGCAGUCACUCGGCAGGGUGAUAAUCUCAUUGCUGCUGUUCUGCCGGCUUCAGUUGACGUGUAUGCAUUUGCGGCGCGCGUGACCCAGAUAUUACCCCCUUAUGCGACACCGCGCAAAAUUGUCGCCCUUGAUGAUUUCCCGACCACCAAAGCGGGGAAGCGGGACUAUCAGGCGCUUGCGAAAAUGAGUAUACGGGCUUCCGCAGCCAUGGGUCGUCCGUUGCACACCCCUUUGGAGAGGACGGUGGGGAACGCCUUUCGGGAGGUCCUUCGGCUGGCCCCCGAUACCAGGCUGAACACCUAUUCUAGCUUCCGCGAAUUGGGUGGCCACUCGCUACUACAGCUGCUUUUGGUCACCCGCCUAAGCCAGGCUGUGGGACGUCAAGUUCCCCUGCGUUUGGUAGUACAGCAUGACCGCAUUGAGCAGCUCGCAUCAGCCAUUGAGAAAGGGCCCUCUCUGCCUCAGCUCCUGGCACUGGACGCGAACACACUGGGGUAUCAAAAUAAAUUAGAGCACAAGGCAUUUCUAUUUUCAUCACAAAGCAGACUCACCGAGACCAAUUGGAUUCAAUCGUUGCGACUCUUUGAGGAAGCUGUCGCAUUUGCGGAGAUUAGCAAGCGCGCUCGGGGUCCAGCGUCCGCCGCAGCAUUCCGACACUGUUUGAAUCUCCUCGCGCAAGGGCUCAAUAUACUCUGGAUGUACCAGGAGAUCGUAGAAGAAAUGGAUGAGCUGUACAUGUUCAGUACCACGAAUACGAAUUCUGCGAAAGAAGACAGACUGAUCUACCUGGAACGCAAGGUUAUACGUAGCCGCCUGUACAGCCUCUAG